AUGAUGAAUUACCCAAGCGUGAAGAAUACUUGGAAUAUCAAGACCCUGAUAUUGAUUACGAAAUAUUAGAUGAUACUAAAAGCUAUCUCAAAAAUAUAUCUGAAAUACCAUCUACUUCAAAAACCAUAACUGAUAAAAGUGUAACAGAUAAUGAAUACGAUGGUGACUUCACUUUUGAUGAAAGAGCGUUGGACCAUACGAAAAAUUUUGUAGCAGCAUCAAUUAAAAAUUUAGAACAAGAUGAUGAAAGGGAUAUUAAUUGGUUAACGUUAGAUGAUGACUUGCAGUCGGAAGUUGAGUCUAUAUAG